AUGGAUUGGGUUCGCGGAAACACGCUUGGACGGGGAAGCUUUGCCACCGUCAAUCUGGCCAUACCCACAAACCGUUCCACUCAGUUUUCUUCUCCCACCGCCGUCAAAUCCUCCUCCUCCGAUGAUGUUUUCGCCUCGUAUUUGCUCAAGAACGAGAAAGAGAUACUCGACCACCUAGGGUAUUGCCCGCACAUCGUUAAGUGUUACGGCCAUGAUUAUACCUUUGAAAACGGUGGAGAGUACUAUAAUCUGUUUCUCGAAUACGCUGCCGGUGGUACCCUCGCUGAUCAGCUCAAGAAUCACGGUGGGGGGUUCCCGGAAUCCCGUGUUCGACGAUACACGAGAUCCAUCAUCGAAGGUCUCAACCAUAUUCACGCCAAGGGUUUUGUCCACUGCGAUAUAAAGCUACAAAACAUUCUAGUUUUCGUCGACAAUGAUACUAUCAAGAUUGCGGACUUUGGUCUUGCAAAGGAGACAGGGAAGGAAGAACAGAGUCAAACAACAACGUGGGCAGGGGAUGAGUGCAGGGGAACUCCUAUGUUUAUGUCGCCGGAGUCACUGAACAACAACGAGUGCGAGUCUCCGGCGGAUAUAUGGGCUCUGGGCUGCGCCGUGGUGGAGAUGGUUACCGGAAAACCCGCUUGGAAUGUGGGCAGCGGAUCGAAUGAUAUCUGGCAAUUGCUGUUUCGAAUUGGGGUGGGUGAAGAAUUGCCGCAUGUUCCAGAUGAAUUGUCCCAACAAGGGAAGGAUUUUCUUGGCAAGUGUUUUGUUAGGGAUCCCAAGAAGAGAUGGACGGCUGAGAUGCUUUUGAAACAUCCCUUUGUGGUUGUGGCUGAUGAUGAUGAUGAUGAUGACAUUGUUCCAACAUUCAAGCACGUGCACCCAUCUCCAAGGUCUAACUUCGAUUUCCCUCAUUGUCCUUUCACUACUGGUUCGUCGUCCUGUUUGCCAAGUUUAUGUUCGCCGGCGGAUCGGCUCCGGCGGCUGGUCACCGAUCAGAGACCAAUUGGUUGGUCAGAAACGGAUGGGUGGACUAGUGUGAGGGGAGGUUAUUAG